CAGGAGCUAUAGGAGGGAGUUGUGCUGUUGGAGGAAUAAAGCACUUUGAAGCCAUAUCAGGUGCAAGGAGGGAGGCUCUGAGGUUGUCAUUUGUUGACGUUGAGCCCAGGCAUUGACCUUAGAGUUACUGAACUUUAAACGUGAACAUUUCUCAACUUCCCUGAAAGCUCUGCAGGAAUGCAGGCAAGCUACAGUUAACUAUUACAGUGGAUCAAAAUGGCAACUCACUUUUGGACAAUAUGCUUUCUUCUUUUUGUCCUCCUUUUCCUUCAGACAGAACAGACAGUCUUUCUAUCGGCCAACAAUGCGAAUCAAGUUAUCUCAAGACAUAAGCGUGGGUCUUUCCUAAUUAUUGAGGAGUUCUUUCAAGGCAACUUGGAAAGAGAGUGCCUAGAAGAAAGAUGCACAUAUGAAGAGGCAAGAGAAGUAUUUGAAGACAAUGAAGACACUAAGAAGUUUUGGGCUGGCUAUUUCAGUGGCAGACAGUGCUCCUCAAACCCAUGCCAGCAUAAUGGUGUGUGUCAGGACAGCAUUCGCGGCUACACCUGCACCUGCACCGAUGCCUAUGAAGGGCCGAACUGUAAUUUCGCUAAAAAUGAGUGUCAACACAAAACUAGAGAGGGAUGUCAACACUUCUGCUAUCCAGGGUCUGAGUCCUACCACUGCGCAUGUGCAAAAGGCUAUGAACUUGGGGAAGAUAAAAAAUCAUGCAUUCCAAGAGAUCAGUGUGCAUGUGGCAGACUUGAUGACGUUAAAAUAAAGAAACUGAAGGAAUUUAAGACGACUUGCCACAGAGGAUUCCCUUGGCAGGUCCUGUUGCUAAAUUCGGAAGGAAAGGGAUUCUGUGGAGGGGUUCUUUUGAAGAGCAACUUUGUGUUGACUACAGCUGAGUGCGGCCUUCUGCACAAUCAUUCUGGUAUCAGGGUUAGGACUGGGAAUAACAGGAUGCAUGGAGCUGGACAGGUAGUAGAUGUGAAUGAGAAACACAUACAUAUGCGGUACGAUGAAGCUACUGGUGUGAAUAACCUUGCAUUGCUACAACUCGGAGAGCACAUUGAGUGCAACAACUACCACCAUCCUAUAUGUCUUCCUGACAAAGACUUUGCAGAACAUGUUUUGAUUCCACAGUUGGCAGGUACUGUCAGUGGCUGGAAACUGGAAGAAAGCGAGGUAAGAGGUUCACUAGUUGAGUUGCAGGUCUCCUACCUUCCCGAAAGGGAAUGUGAACAAAUACUCAAUACAAGUCUUACGAACAGACAGUAUUGCGGACAUCACCCAGAGCCUGUGGAUGGGCAGCUGGCAGGAGGAAACUUUAUCGCCCACGACUACAAAGGGACUUGGUUUCUGACAGGUAUUUUUGGAGCUUGGCCCACUAAUGUAAGUAACUGGGAACCAUUUAUUUUCGCAAAGACUUCAAGAUAUAUAAUGUGGUUCAAACAAAAAACUGAAUAAAAAAGUCCCUACAGCACCAAAUCCAUAACAGCAAUUACAAAGACCACUUGGAUGCAGCAAUUGGACUGGUUUCAGCAAGGUCAGCCUGUAUUGUGUUGUAAUGCUAAUACUGUAAAUAUUUAUCUGUAGUUCAUCCCUCAAAAACAAAAUCCAUUAUUGUCCAAUCUCUUUCCAAAGACAGGAUUGAGGAUUAUUGUAGUAGACGUGGCUACUUCACUUUGAAAAUAAUGAGUUUGAAUUUGUACAGCACUGUUCCUCUAAGCUGAUCUUAAGAGACCAUAACAUUUUUACUGAUUAUUAAAAAUAAAUGAAUCACUUUCCCUACUCACUGAAAUGUCCCUAUUGCUAGGGAGAAAUGCAGCUACUGUUUCAGGGAGCAGUGACAAUUACUGUGGUAUAUGACCACAUCCUGCACAACUUUAAUCAUGUAAGUAUUUGCAAAGCAUCCCCCUGCCCAUUCCCUUGACUUUGCUAGGAUUACUUGAGUAAAGAUUUGCUGAAUCAGCCCCUAGAACAGGAAUAGUCUAAAUCAGACAUAAGUGAAGUGAUUCCUCAAGUCACAAUCACCCAGGUAGUCUGUCCCAGGGGCAGCAACAGUCUGGCCCUUGCUUUGGCCCAGAUUGCCAAUUGAUGACCUUGCCCCAUUUGAGCAAAAUCAAAAUAAAAAGUUAAUGCAUCACUACCACGUUCUUUGUUCACCUGACAAGUAUAAAUUUAGCUUUUAAUUAUCGCUGAUGUUUCGUUGUAUGUUUUGUAAAAGUAAUGAAAUCGCUGCAAAAGAGCAGCUCCCUGCAGUGCUCUGCUUCUACUUCCACAUUCUUGCUAUUGAGUGGGAACAGUCACGUCAGAACAAGACAGCUGAAACAAAGUACUCCAUUUUGAUUCAAAUCCUUCUGAAACUGUGCUAUCAAAUGUCACUAGAUGUACCCUUGUGAAAUGUAAUGAUUUUGAUGAAACAGCAUUUUUCUGACAGGAAACUGUUCCACCUAAGCUUUUUGACCAUCUUUAUUUACAUUGUAGUAGGGCCUAGAGCUAUCCAGUGAGGUUGAAGCCCUGCUGUGCUAGGCGCUGUACAAACAGAUGGUAAAUGAUGAUCCCUGCCCCAGAGAACUUAUAUGCUAAAGACAAGAAACAGGUAAAUGAGACAAGUGGGCUGAGGUGGAGGCCAGGGGAGAUGGAGUUACAGAAAGAAUACGCAGUAUGCUACUCUUAGCCAAAUCAGGAGCAGUGAUCACAACCCAGUCCCUGCCUCAGUUUUCUCUGUCCUACAGGAAGAGGAGCAUUUUGAAUAGCACACAUCUAUUUUCCUCACUGAUGCUGCAGCACUGUAGUCAAUGGGAUGAGAUUCAAAAAUAAAGAGGCUUGGAUCCUU